GAUUUUGGAGUGCAAGUGAUGUUGGAUAGAAGGGUGUAUUUGGUAGAUGUUGUGAUGGAAAAAAGGGGCAGAAUAUUAAAACUAGACUCAAUUAUGGGUGGCAAAUUAUGGAAAGGAAUUGACAUGCUCAUUUUCAACACUUGGCAUUGGUGGAACCGUAGAGGAAUCAGUCAACCAUGGGAUUAUAUUAAAGUAGGAGGCAAAUACUACAAAGACAUGGAUCGUAUGGUUGCUUUUGAGAGAGCAUUGCUUACAUGGGCUAAGUGGAUCGAAACCAACAUUGAUCCUUCAAAACAAUUAGUUUUCUUUCAAGGAGUUUCACCAUCACAUUACAAUGGUACCGAUUGGGGUCAACCAGGCGUAAAAUCAUGCUCGGGUCAAACGCAGCCGCUAAGCGGAUCGACGUAUCCAGCAGGUCUACCACCAGCAUUGACAGUGCAAAAAAAUGUAUUACAAACAAUUCAAAAGCCAGUGACAUUGCUUGAUGUGACCAAUCUUUCUUUAUUACGUAAAGAUGGGCAUCCUUCAAUUUAUGGAAUGAAUGGAAAAAAAGGAAUGGAUUGCAGUCAUUGGUGCCUAGCAGGAGUUCCUGAUACUUGGAAUGAAUUACUAUAUAACCUUGUACUAUGAUUGCUAUUUUGUACCUAGCUCAUUAUACUACGGUAUUCAAACAUAUAGUGACAAACGUUUGUUAGAAAAUUUCAUGGUUGUAUAGGUAAUUCUUCAAACACUUGACUGAUUUGUUUGAAACAAUUAUGGAACACACACAAAAAUGAAUUCAUUAUUUGGUAGGAUCAAUAAUAAUUACUAGACAAAUUUUGAGUA